CCGCCAUCAAAAAUUGUUUUCGUUAUUAUCCUAAAUCAUCGGUUACAAUGCCCAGGUACAACAACGUGAUCAUCUUCGGUGCUACCGGCGAUGUGGGAUCUGCCGCUGCCUUGCAAGCCCACCAGCAGGGCGCUACCGUUUUCAUUACCCUGACCGACAUUCGUGAGGUGGGCCCCUCUGACAUCGUCCCCUGGGAGCAUGCCCAGGUGGAAAUCGCGCUGGAGGAGAUCUAUGGGAGCUCCGGCUACCUGGCGGUGCGGCCUGCAUUCUACGCCAGUAACCUUCUUCACGAGAAACAGGCCAUCCUACGGGGACAAGUCAGACUGCCCAGCCCCGAUGCCACUUUCGACUUUAUUUCAUCGGAGGAUAUUGGCCAUGUCGCGGGGACGAUCCUGGUCAAUGGCGCCCAAGAACGCAUCGUGCGGCUCCUUGGGCCCGGGAGGAUGACGUUGAGAGAAGCGGUAAGAACUGUGGGCCACGCACUGGGCAAGGAGGUCCAAGUCACUACCAUUACUCGGGGAGAGGCUGCCGCGCAGAUGGAGGCCGCCGGCAUGCCGCCCGCUAUGAUCCAGUGGCAUCUUCAUAACGUUAUCGAUCGCGCUGGAUGGUACCUGGAAAGUCCCGAAGCGCUCAUGGCACGCGAAAACAUUCAGAGGUAUGCCCAGCAUCCUCCGCAGCGCUUGCAGCAGUGGGUAGAGAGCAAUCUGGCCAGGUUCCUGGAAUGAUUUUCCGGGACUGAGCAAAGCUUCUAGUUGAGGUGGAAUGCACGGUGUGGUCGCUGCACAGAACGAAGAGCCUGUUGCUCCG